AGGUUAACAAAAAAUCGUUAAGUUUGGCGUAGUUCCUAAGUUUGUAAUUUAUAAUCAAAAAUGUCGAAAAAUGGUCAGCUUUUUAUGGAAGGGUUCCUAACAAAACGGGGACACGUAAGACAUAACUGGAAGACAAGGUGGUUCAAGUUAUCUGACAACUCACUGCGUUAUUAUAAGAAUCAGAAACACACCGUUCCCCACGGAAGGAUAGCGCUCGAAAACUCAACGCUUGCCAAAAAGAAUGUGUUGGUGGAUGGUUCUACUUCGGAAGAAUUAAAACGAGAGCACGUAUUCAAAGUAACUACAGCAACUGGAGUAGAAUAUCCAAUGCAAGCCCCUACCAAGGUAGAGUUUGACAUAUGGACUGACGUCAUACAAAACGUCAUCAACCGACUUUCGUCUGGCGGCAAGCAGGAAUCUGGAAGUCUGCUAGCUCCGCUAAACCGAAACGAACUUCUGCCCGAACCAACUUCGGAAAUCCGAAAACACGCGAAAACUUUGGUAAGCCUUGGUAACAUGGCGGAUGGUGGAGUGGAAAAAGAAGCUCGUAUGAUUGAUGGGGUCAUGCAUACUGAUGGAUUCUCAGGCCUGGGACUACAACAGUGGAUGUGGACCAAUAUGGGUUUAACUGGUAGCGAAGCAGAAGUGACAGUUUCAGGGUUACUUCGGGUCGGUUUGCUCCAAUGCUUAACACCGGACGUCACUUCCCUACCUUUUACCGACCUUCAUUACUACGAGCUGUUAACUGAUGAGUCAUCGUUAAAAAGUAUGUCGAGCACUUAUUUGAGCUCUGUGAGGUCACAAAGCAGAGACGAUUUAUCUAUAAAGUCACCAGUACCCACAGAUAAAAUCAGCACUUUAAAACACAAGGACUCUACAAACUUGCCAAAAGAUUUACCACCAGGGCGGAUAUUAAAACGUGGGAUCCUGUUUAAAAGGGGACAUUUUGUGCCGUCUUGGAAGUGUCGUUGUUUUGUUUUACAAGAUUCGGGUACUUUGUCUUAUUUUGAUCCAUCAAAAAAGAAUCGAAAGAUUUUAAACACAUUGGUCCUUCGUGGCGCAACAGUGUUUCCCGUUGCAAAAAUCGCAGCGGAAGUUGCAUUAAAAAUGGCGAACCCACCCGAUCACCUCUUCUGUGUUAAAGUCGCCUCAGGUUCUCUUUAUCUUAUCAUCGCUACCAGUGAUUCCGAACGCGAUGAUUGGAUCAGAGCGAUCAAGCCAUUAUGCCACAGAAGCAACAAUAAUCAAUCGUGAUUGUGAAACACUGGGUUUCCAAUGUUAGGAUACGUUAUUCUUUUUAACGUUACGACGUAACUAAUGAUUUCACUAUUUGACGUAAUCGACCACGUCACUUAACUGAUGACGUCACUAUGUGUGGUUUAAUGGAGGACUUUACUAAGAGUCGGGAAAUAUGGUGCAAUAAACAAAAUAUGACCAACCGUAAGAAUGACGUCACACAUUUAAUGACGCAAUUCGUUACGUCAUCUGGCAAAAUUUGAUAUUGUUGUAACUGUGUUACCUUUGAAAACAUGUUGCAAGAAAAUGAAAUGUAAAAUAAGUUGUAAAAUUACAUGUUAAAUAUGUAUGCGUCUUUUAUGUAAUUUGCAACAACAUAAAAUACACUCUUCUUUUGGUUUGAAA